UGAGUAAAGUUUUCUUCAUCAUAUUAGAAUUAAAACACCAAUUACAACAGCCAAUAAAGUUUUCUUCAUCAUAUUAGAAUUAAAACACCAAUUACAACAGCCAAUACGUUUGUCUUAAUUCUUAUACUUUACUUUUGGCAGGAGGAGUCAUCAAGGAUUAAGGAAGCUGCAAAGAAAUAUCCUUCCACUGGAAAAAGAAUCUCUUCAUGCAAAGCAUUUCCAAAAAGCCUUCCUUUUUCUUCUUUCCCUUCUCUUCUUGAAACCAUCUAUAAAUAAAUGACUUUGCAUUAUCUGUCUUUGCUACAUCUAAUUUGUCAUAUAUCCUUCUUUUCUUCACAAAAAAAGAACAUGUCAUUGAUCCCUCGCCCUCGAGUUAUUGUCAAUGGAGUCCAGAGAAUGAGAACAUACCAUUACUAUUGGUGCAGAAAUUGCCAAAGAUCCAUUAGGACAACUUCAGCCAAUCCAUUUGAAAUUUUAUGUCCUCAUUGUCUUGGCCAAGUUUACCAUGAACUUGAUGUUACAAGGCCUAGGCCAGUACUAGAACCACAACCUUCCUCGAAUUCUCGCCUUCUUGAUGCCUUGGCACUCAUGACUGAUCCAUCAAUUAGGCAACGUGACAACCACAAUGGUGAUCAAAAUCAUCAAAAUAGACAACGUGCUCGUGUAAUUCUCCGAUUUAUUGGCCCUGAUGAUCAGCCUAUUAGGCCUGUGUCUCCUCAUGAGAACAUGUUUUCUUUGCCAUCGAUUCAAGAAUUGACUCAGAACGAUAGGCCAGGGCCGCCUCCAGCGCCUUCUUCAGCAAUAGAUGCAUUGCCAAGAAUUGUGCUAACAGCAAACCAUUUGGAAAAUGACUCUGUUUGUCCUGUUUGCAAGGAUGAGUUUGAAGUUGGAAUAGAAGUUAAGGAGUUACCUUGCAAGCAUUUUUACCAUUCUGAAUGCAUUGCUCCAUGGCUAAGAAUGCAUAAUACUUGUCCGGUUUGUCGGUGUCAGCUGCAAGGAUUCUCAAACAACGAGGACCAAAAUAGUUACACAAAUGAAUUUAAUGAACAAGAAGAAGAGGAGAACAUGUACAAUCUUCUAAUUUGGGGUUGGACUCAGCUUACUUCUCUUUGGCCUUUUAGUUUGCUGUCAAGUUGGAGACACAGAUACUUUUAACACUUUUGAGACUACAACUGUUUUUCCUAGAGGGAGAGCUCGGUGGAAUCCUUGGAUAUUCCCUUGAUAAUGGUUGCUGCUGAAUUGGUUCUUAUUCGGUUUAGAUACAGUAAAGAGUAGUAGUUUGCUUUUAGUUCUUUGCUUCAUUAGGCGCUAAAGCAGGUAUGUUGACAAAACUAUAUAUCUUUCUGAAUCUGAUGGAUGGAAAUUAUCUAUGAAUGGGGUCAAAAAACGAGACUCACCAGGUAUGCGCCUCUCCUUCCCUCUCUGUCCAAAAGAAAAAAAGGAUUUAAGUUGCAUGCAUUGAUAGUGUUAUUUUCUUAUUUUUUUUUUAAUUUUACGUUAUUACUGCAAAUUAACUUGAUAUAGUAGGUUGCUACUCAAAUUUUUUUAUGUUACUGUAUCAACUAUGAAAGAUACUUGUUAUAGGCUGAGGUGGAACUAGGUGUUGUCAGUAAGUUAAUUGAAUCCGCUCACAAAUAGGGCAAAAUUGACACAUAAGCUAAAUUGACACAUAAGCUGUAAAUAUCCUUAAAGGAAGAUUCUACAGUUAAACUAUGUGAUUCAAAAUUUCUAGUAAAUCUACUUAGGGAUUCAAAAAUUGCUUUUAGGUCAGAGGUACAAAUCCUAUGUGAUAUUCUAGUAUUUUUUCUAAUCCCGUAUAUGUAUUCCUAGCUCCAUCAAACUAUAGGUCAACUUAAAAAAAUGAAUUCAGUUGAAAUUUAGUAUUAUGUUGUUUCUAAUUCAAGGUAGUUAAAUUGAGCAAGAGGUUGAUAACAGUAAAGCACAAAUCUUGAAAGGAUGCAAAUUGGAUUCCUCAAAGCAUCACAAGGCUUACAAAGCACAAAAGAAAAUGACACUAAUUGCAGUAAUUUAAUUUCAGUUGGAACUCUUCUUUAUAAGUCACUGUUGUUGAUGUUGAUGGUAGUUCGACUAGUAGACUCGUGGAAUUACUUUCAGCCAAGAAAAUGCAAGAAGAAAAAUAGAGAAAGAGAAGCCUCUCACCAUUUCAAUUAGGACCAUGUUCAGUGUGGCUUUGCGGGCAAUCUGCACGAUUGACGUUAUUCAGGGUGGUCUUUAAUUUUUGUCCCUCAAAUACCACAAAUAGGUGAUAUUUAAUUUUUGCCUUUCGCUAAAAGUUUCGGGUUCGAAUUUCCGCUCAGACAAAAAUUAAAAAAAAUCGCAAGGUAGAGUUUGAAUUCGCAAGGCAGAAUUUUAUCUUCAGGCACAAGACAAAUUUUACCUUGGCAGAGUUUUACCUUCAGGUAUAAGGCAAGAUAGAGGUCUGGAUUAAGGCGGAAAAAAAAAUUACUCAAUUGAAAUUUUGAAAAAUUCUGCCUUAAGGCCUAACUUUUGCCCGAAUAAGCCUAAUUUAAUUACGAAACUCUGUCUUGCGAUUUUUUUUUUAAUUGAGCCGAAAUUUGAACUCCAAUCCUCAUGGUAUUAAGCGAAGGAUAAAAAUUAAAGACCGGUUGCUUUGAAGGGCGAUCCGCACAAAAAAAUUGAAAUUUAUAUUUGUCCUUCAUGGUCAAAAUCAUAUGUCAACAACCUCAAUAUCAAACAAAACUAAAGCUUAUUGUUCAGAAUGAUGACGAUACCAUUAACAAACAAAUAAUCAUUUGUUGUGGUUGGUGAAGGAGUGAUUAACCAAUUUCCUGUGAAAAAAGUUAGUGAUCCAGGAGGUCACUUGUUAAUAUAUCCUACUUUCAAAAAAUUAGAUCAAUAUUUAAUUUGAAUUUUCUGAAUUGAGUUAUAAGUUUAACCACUUUAGAAGA